AUGGAGAAGAGUAAGGGCCUGCGAGUGAUUCUGUUUCCACUUCCUUUACAAGGAUGCAUCAACCCCAUGAUUCAGCUCGCCAAGAUCCUCCACUCAAGAGGUUUCUCCAUCACUGUGAUCCACACGCGUUUCAACGCGCCGAAAGCUUCGAGCCAUCCUCACUUCACCUUCAUAGAGAUACCAGAUGGCUUGUCCGAAACAGAGGAAAGAACUAUCCAUACCAAGCUUCUCAUAACGAAACUCAACCGAAACUGUGAGUCUCCGUUCCGUGACUGUUUGACUAAACUGUUGGAACCUCUAGAUUCAGAAACAGGGGACGAGAAACAGAGGAUUAGCUGUUUGAUCGAUGAUUCUGGAUGGAUGUUCACACAACCCCUUGCUCAGAGUUUGAAACUCCCGAGAUUGUUCCUCAGUGUGUUUACAGUCUCCUUCUAUCGCAGCCAAUUUGUUCUUCCUAAACUCCAACGUGAAGGCUAUCUUCAGCUGCAAGAUUCAGAACAGGAUGAUCUAGUUGAGGAGUUCCCGCCACUUCGAAAGAAGGAUAUUUUACGGAUUCUUGAUGUAGAAACGGAGAUACUAGAUCCAUUCUUGGACAAGGUUUUGAAAAUGACAAAGGCGUCUUCAGGCCUUAUAUUCAUGUCAUGUGAAGAGCUGGACCAAGACUCACUGAGUCAGGCACGUGAAGAGUUUGAGAUUCCGAUCUUUGCCAUUGGCCCUUCUCACAGCCACUUUCCAGCCUCGUCUAGUAGCUUGUCUACACCGGACGAGACUUGCAUCCCAUGGUUAGACAAACAAGAAGACAAAUCCGUCGUUUACGUGAGUUUUGGGAGCUUAGUGACCAUCAGAGAAUCAGAGUUAAUGGAGGUUGUUUGGGGUCUAAGAAACAGCGACCAACCCUUUUUGUUGGUCGUACGGGCUGGCUCAGUCCGUGGCACAGAAUGGGUCGAGACAAUUCCUGAAGAGGUCAUCGAAAGGAUUAACGAGAAGGGAAAGAUAGUGAAAUGGGCUCCGCAGCAAGACGUUCUAAAGCAUGGAGCCAUUGGGGGAUUCAUGACUCAUAAUGGUUGGAGCUCGACCGUUGAGAGUGUCUGUGAAGCCGUCCCUAUGAUCUGUUUGCCUUUCCGUUGGGACCAAAUGCUAAAUGCAAGAUUUGUUAGCGACGUAUGGAUGGUCGGGAUAAACCUAGAGGGUCGGGUUGAGAGGAAAGAGAUCGAGGUAGCGAUAAGGAGAUUAAUGUUGGAAACUGAAGGAGAAGACAUCCGAGAGAGGAUACAACUUCUUAAGGAAAAAGUAGGAAGAUCGUUUGAGCAAAACGGUUCGGCAAAUCAAUCUUUACAAAAUUUGAUUGAUCAUAUAUCAUCUUUCUAGUCAUUUACGUGUUGCGUUUAAUUUCUUUGUGUCU